AUGAGUGGAAACUUGACAAGCAUUCCACCGCGGCACGAGAUUAUCGAAGUUGCUAAGAAACAACUAAUGGCUACGAAAAGCGCUAGUCCGCCAUCUUUGGAUUGCGACCCAAAAGUCGUCAACAGACCCCCAUCUUCUGAUUCCCCGUCGUACUCAUCUGUCACCGCAAAUAAUAACGACAAGUGGAUUACUGCUGGUCCUAAAGGACGUCAUUCUCCUGUUCCCGAACGCCCUAAUUCGUCUCCACGACGAACACUUACAACCAAUAAAGGACAAAACCGUAUUAAACUGACUGGGGUCAAAGAGGUAAAAUUCACGCUUGUUUAUGUAAGCAAUAUUCGAAAAGAUUUCAAUGUUUCAGACGAUGAUAUCCGUUCUGCGAUCGUUGACCAUGCCAAGGAUAAGGGAAUAAGAGUCAUGAAGGCCGAUAUUGUACACAAUCGUGUAUGCGACGAUAAAGUCGGAUGCAAACUUAACAUCCCCGAAUCCCAAGCAGAGAUAAUUCUUGCAACCAAUUUUUGGCCAGACCCGGAAAUUGGAUGCCGUGUAUGGCAGCGCAGAUCUACCCAGCGCUCAAACUACAAUAGUCAACGGGGUAGUAAUUUCAAACAUAUACCUGUAAUCACGGGUCAUUAUUCCCAUUCACAUGGGCGAUCAUAUGAUACCUAUGAGCUCGGCCGCGACUCAAACGGCUACUACAAUAACAAUAGAUAUGGUGAAACUAUUGACGAGGAUGAGCGACAUCUUGCAGUUUAGGGGUAUACAGUGUAUGGAUUCCAUGAAACCAAUACAUCUGUGUUUCCUGCUAUUUUAUUUUCUUGCCCAUAUAAACAUUUUUACUUCCCAUAUGAAUGCAAUCAACACUUCCCAAAAUGUUCUAUCAAAUAAUGAUUUAAGACUCAUACAAUGGAACUGCAGAGGUUUAAACGUAUCGUCAC